CAUCAUUUUCUGCUCAUAUUUAUUAUUUCACACAUUAUAGCCAAUACCCCAGUUACAAAUUCAACUUCAUUACCGCAUUGUCAAAAAUCUGUUCGAUAAUCUACAGAGAUCUAGUGAGGACGCAACAAGAUGAUCAAGUUUGCUUUUCUGUGCUUGGCGAUGAGCAUAGCAAUCGUUGAAGCUUUGGGUGGGAAGGCGUAUCAUGUUGCGACGGUCAAAAUUGCAGAUCACGAUUACAAAAUUUUCGAUUGUACACCUUUUAUCCAGAGCAAUACAAAAACUAAGGAAAAUGAUAGCGACAUUAUAAAUGCUGAUCCAGAAAUGAAGGAAGACGGUAGCAAUAUUUUCAAGAAUGAUGCGCAAAAUGAGGAAAACGGUAACAAUAUCAUGAAGAAAGGUGCAGAAACUGCCACGCAGAGUCAUCCAGAAAUUGAGGAAAUUGGUAGUAAUAUUGAUCCAGAAACUGAGGAACACGGUAGCGACAUUAUCAAGAACAAAACAGGAACUGAGGAGACUCCUUCGGAAGACAAACAAGAUAAGAAAUCGCCGUAUACUUGGGUGCAAUUCGCGAAUACAGUUCCUCAAACCGAGCUACAAAUUUACAAUCCAUCCAGAGGGAAGGUGGUCAAUUUGGUAACAAGUCCAAACGACCAUUGCAAUAUAGGAAUUUUGGAAGAGCAACCCUGGAUAGUGGCCACCUCUCGAAAACUUUCUUGGGGACACAUGCCGGCUUUCCCACCAUUAAACGAGGAAAUUAAGGAGAGAGUAAUGGAAUAUUUCAAGGAACAUUUGGCCACAGGGCAGCAAAAUAAAGUUUCAGAAGAGCAGGUCGAGGUGAAAUUAAUGAAAGGAAUUUCUCCAGAGGGAACUGUGGCUAAUGGAAAUUUACCAGAAGAAGAAAUGACUUGGCUGGAAGAAUAUCAGCCAGAACAAGCUCUGCAAAAAUCACCUGAAAAAGCUCAAAAAGAAGAGGAUCCACAGGAAAAAGAUCCUCAACAGGAAGAAGCUCCUCAACAGGAAGAACAUUUUGAGGAAAAAGCUGAGAAUAAAGGAACUGGGCAUCAAGGAGUAGUUCAAGGAAGAGAUCCGUCAGAAGAACAUCGGGUGGAAGCUGCCCGGAUUCAAGAAGUGCUUGUGGGAAAAGACAAGUCAAAACCGCACCGAAGACAAUUAUUGGAAUGUUUUCCCUUCUUGAGAUGUGGGAAAAGAGAUUCAGCAACUCUUGAGUAA